GCCCUCGCAAGAUGGCGGUGCUGGGGGCACCGCGGGGCCUGGCGGCCGCAGCCUCCCGCAAGCGGCGGCUGCUGCUCGCCCUGGCCCUGCUGCGCCCGCCGCCCGCCGCUGCCGUCGCUUGCUUCGCUGGAGGAGCAAUGGGGAGCGGACGGCGAGGCGCCCCGGGAAGAGUACAGAUUCCACCAAUCUGCAGGCAAGGAUCAUGGCACAGUCUGGGGGGGAAUUAUUCAAGACCAUUAUUGGAGCAUUCAGAGAUCUUGCCCAGGUGGCAGCUGAUGGAGAAGAGGAUGUGUUGGCAUGGCCAUGCUGGUGGAGGGCUUCACACAGAUCCAAAGGAAGGGCUGAAGGAGAUCGAUGCCAAGAAGAUCAUCCGGGCCAUGCUGUCCUACGUGUGGCCCAAGGACCGGCCCGACCUGCGCGCCAGGGUCGCCCUCUCCCUGGGCUUCCUGGCCAGUGCCAAGGCCAUGAAUAUUUUGGUUCCCUUCAUGUUCAAAUAUGCAGUGGACAGCCUCAACCAGGUGUCUGGGAACGUGCUCAACCUCGGCGACGCCCCCAGCACUGCGGCCACCCUGGCAACUGCUGUCCUCGUGGGCUAUGGUAUCUCAAGAGCUGGGGCAGCAUUAUUUAAUGAAGCAAGAAAUGCAGUAUUUGGGAAGGUAGCUCAAAAUUCAAUCAGGAGGAUUGCCAAGAAUGUUUUCCUGCACCUUCACAACCUGGACCUGGCCUUCCAUCUGAGCAGGCAAACAGGAGCUCUGUCAAAAACCAUUGACAGAGGCACCAGGGGCAUCAGCUUUGUUCUCAGUGCUUUAGUGUUUAACCUGGGACCCACAAUGUUUGAAGUGGCUCUGGUCAGUGGAAUUCUGUAUUACAAAUGUGGUGCUGAGUUUGCUUUGGUCACUCUGGGGACGCUGGGAGCCUACGCAGCGUUCACCAUCGGAAUCACACAGUGGAGGACAAAGUUUCGGAUAGAAAUGAACAAAGCUGACAAUGAUGCUGGUAAUGCUGCCAUUGACUCGCUCCUGAAUUAUGAGACUGUGAAGUAUUUCAAUAAUGAAAAAUACGAAGCCCAACGGUAUGAUGAGUUCCUGAAGACCUAUGAAAAAGCCUCCCUGAAGACUACCUCUACUUUAGCUCUCCUCAACUUUGGCCAGAGUGCCAUAUUUAGUGUGGGUUUAACAGCCAUCAUGGUGCUCGCCAGCCAGGGCAUUAUUGCAGGCAGCCUUUCUGUUGGAGAUCUGGUAAUGGUGAAUGGAUUGCUGUUCCAACUUUCUCUGCCCCUGAACUUCCUGGGAACAGUGUACAGAGAGACAAGACAAGCCCUGAUAGAUAUGAAUACCUUGUUCACACUUCUCAGUGUAGAUACCAAAAUUAAAGACAAAAAGCUGGCUCCACCCCUGAAGAUCACCCCCCAGACUGCUUCCAUUGCCUUUGACAAUGUGCAUUUUGAAUACCUGAAGGGGCAGAAAGUCCUUGCUGGAGUGUCCUUUGAAGUCCCUGCAGGAAAGAAAGUGGCCAUUGUAGGAGGUAGUGGGUCAGGGAAAAGCACCAUUGUGAGGUUAUUAUUUCGUUUCUAUGAACCUCAGAAAGGAAACAUUUAUAUUGCUGGACAGAACAUCCAAGAUGUCAGUUUGGAAAGUCUGAGAAAGGCAAUAGGAGUUGUGCCUCAGGAUGCUGUUCUCUUCCAUAACACCAUCUACUACAACCUGCUCUAUGGCAACACAGAGGCCACAGCAGAGGAGGUGUAUGCCGUGGCCAAGCUGGCAGGGAUCCACGAUGCCAUCCUGAGGAUGCCCAAUGGCUACAACACCCAGGUUGGGGAGCGAGGACUCAAGCUCUCAGGAGGAGAAAAGCAAAGAGUUGCAAUUGCAAGAGCAAUGUUAAAGGAGCCACUUAUUUUUCUCUAUGAUGAAGCCACAUCAUCUUUAGAUUCAAUUACAGAAGAGAACAUUCUCAAAGCCAUGAGGGACAUGGUGAAGCACCGGACGUCGAUUUUCAUUGCGCACAGGUUGUCCACGGUGGUGGAUGCAGACGAGAUCAUCGUGCUGGAUCAGGGUAAAGUUGCAGAACGAGGCAGGCACGCAGAGCUCCUGGCAAACCCCAGCAAUCUCUACUAUGAGAUGUGGCACACACAGAGCAGCAAAGUGCUCCACAGUCACAACCACCCAAACUGGGAACAGAGAAAUAGCCACACAUCCAAAGAGGAGGAAAGGAAGAAGCUAGAAGAAGAAAUUAUCAACAGUGUGAAAGGUUGUGGGAACUGUUCAUGCUGAAUAGGAUCCUGGAUCUUGUAUAGCAGGUUAAAAAUGCACAAGAAUACAGUGAAAUACAGCUCUUGGUUUUUUUAAGUCAGCAUUCAAAAACUUCUGGGUUUUGCAAUUUUUGGAUUUUACAGUUUCACAGAGGGACAUAAUUUCAACCAAAGGAGUUCUAUUUUUGCAUCUUUAGGAAUCUCUAAUAUUCAGUGGCAUCUGCAAGAGCUGAGCUUUUUCAAAAACUUUAAACUUCCCAACCAAGGGUGUAAUUUAUGGCAAUUUUUAGGCACUGAUAAAUUCUCCUGGUAGUUGCCUGAUGUGGAUUAUUAAAUUGUAAACAGAUUUGUCCUUGAUUUACAUUAUUUCUCAUCAUUGAUGGUUGAUAAAUGCGUCAUGUUUUAAUUGUAAUUGGGCUAAUUUGAACUCAUUUGCUAGUGAGGAAAAUGCCUUUUAAAUUCUUCAGUGGUGUUCUGGUUUAAAAUCUUCCUUGUAGAGAGUAAGAACAGCCUCAACAAAAUAUUAGACUUCUAGCAGCAAACUAAAUAUUGGAAUUACCCCUCUCACCUUUCAGAAGCACCUUUCAUACUGCACUAUCAGGAAAUGGAUUGGUAUUAUUCUAAAGGAAAACUAACAGCAUUUUUAAGUGAAAAAUGAACAAAUCCAAGUUCAGGAUUCUGUAUCCUCAGCAUCUGCUGUAGUAGUCAAAGCAGAAUGAAGUUGCUCUUUCUAGUUCAGCCAUGGUCUUAGGGAGCAAUUAAGAUUCAAUAAAGACUUCCAUAAAUUUCUAUUAUCUCAUUAAUGUAUGAGAAAAUGACCUGGAAAAUGCUGAAAGCAUUGCUGUAAUAAUCUCCUCAUUUCAACAACCAGAACUUCUCCACUGGGAGGAAACCUCAGUCUUUGGGAUGUGCAGGACACUGGGGUUGUGUCAGGUUUGGGGGGGGCUGCAGGGGUCACAUCUGGGAGAAGGUGCCAGAAGCUUCCCCUGUGUCCAGCAGAGCCAAGGCUGAGCACAUCACCAGCAGGGCAGUGCACUGCUGGGAUCACAGAUUUGGGAAGGGAGGAAAAGCCUUGUAAGUGUAAGAGCAACUGCAGCCAGAGAGAGGAGUGGGAAAUGGGAGAGGAGCAGCCCUGCAGACACAAGAGCAGGGAAGAAGGAGGGACAGGAGGAGCUCCAGGCACUGGAGCUGAGAUUCCCUGCAGCCCAUGGGGGUCCACGAUGGAGCAGAGAUGCACCUGCAGCCUGGGAAGGAGCCCUGGAUGGAGCAGAGAUGCACCUGCAGCCUGGGAAGGAGCCCUGGAUGGAGCAGAGAUGCACUGCAGCCUGAGAAGGAGCCCUGGAUGGAGCAGAAAUGCACCUGCAGCCUGGGAAGGAGCCCUGGAUGGAGCAGAGAUGCACCUGCAGCCUGGGAAGGAGCCCUGGAUGGAGCAGAGAUGCACCUGCAGCCUGGGAAGGAGCCCUGGAUGGAGCAGAGAUGCACCUGCAGCCUGAGAAGGAGCCCUGGAUGGAGCAAGGAUCCACCUGAAGCCUGGGAAGGAGCCCUGGAUGGAGCAGAGAUGCACCUGCAGCCUGAGAAGGAGCCCUGGAUGGAGCAAGGAUCCACCUGCAGCCUGGGAAGGAGCCCUGGAUGGAGCAAGGAUCCACCUGAAGCCUGGGAAGGAGCCCUGGAUGGAGCACGGAUCCACCUGAAACCUGGGAAGGAGUCCAUGCUGGAGCCAGGGGGAUGUUCCCAGAGGAGCCUCUGGGGGAAGCCCACCCUGGAUCAGGCUCCUUGCAGAACCCAUGGGGAGAGGAGCCUGUGGUGCAGGAGGUUUGCUGUGACCCCGUGGGGGACCCACCCUGGAGCAGCCUUUUCCUGAAGGACUGCAUCCUGUGGAAGAGGACACAUGGAAAAAAACCCAUUGAGGCAAGGGAAGAGAAUGAGGAGGAAGGAGCAGCAGGGACAAAAGUGAUGAACUGACCACAGCCUCCAUUCCCCACCCCCUGCACUGCUUGGCAAGAGGGGGGAAUUCUGAAGUGAAGUCGAGCCUGGGAAUAAGGCAGGGAUGGGAGGAAGGUGUUUUAAGAUUUUGUUUCAUUUUCUCAUUACCCAACUCACACUUCUAAUUUGCAGUAAAUGAAGUUCAUUUCCCCAAGUGGAGUCUGUUUUGCCCAUGACAGUAAUUGCUGAGUGGUCUCUCCCUGUCCCUGCCUUUCAUUGUGUUCUCUCCCCUGCCCAGCUAGGUGGGCACCAGCAUCCAGCCACGGUCAUCCCACCACAACAGGGUUGUAUUUUUAGGCCCUGUCUCUCCAGGGAAGUUCACCAUCUCUUUAGCACGAGCUAUCCUGGUGUAAUUCUUCAUGUUGAAUUGAAGAAUUAAAAUCUUUCUCUUGGAUGCUGAAAAAUAACUUUGUUAUUUCUGAGGAAUUACACUUGUACAAUUACAUUGAUAUAAUUACAUUUGUAAAUCAGAUGCGAGAUUUCUCAGUGUGGGCACUAGGGAAGGGCUGAAUUUGGUGCUUGUGGAAAUUUAAUUGCAAAUAGAGUUAUUUUUUUGUUAUACCCCUCCCCUACAACUAAAAAUAGGAACAUAACUUAAAAGGAGUGAAACCUUUUCUAGUUACUUGUUUUCUCUCUCUUAAAAUGAUGGAUGAAAAACCAACCUGGCAUCAAUCUUCAGUUAAAAAUUAUUCCAAAAGCAUUUUAAUUUUCAUCCUUGGAGUGCAGAAUCAAAGUGAAGUCCAGUUAAUGUAGUGGCAGUGCAGAACUCCAGCUUACAACCUUCCCUUUAUUUUACCUAAUUGUCUCCUGGUUGAGCUGCUGACAGCAGUGAGGGGACUGUAAUGGUGCAGUUAUCUCCCAGCUGCCAGAAAUAGCAAAGGUUUAUUGAAAAUCUUAUUUAUGAGGAAUCUCCCUUUUCCUGCAUUGUGACAAACCCCAAACUACGGCUCUUCCCCUGCUCUGCAAGAGCUGAUUUUGGAAUUAAUGUGUCUGCUGUUCAUGCAGCAGGUAACAGGCAAAAGCUGUAAAUAGUAAUAUUGCAAUCCUAAGAUUGUUUUCCUUUUGACACAAAGAUGAGAAAUUACUCUGGUCUGAAAUGUGGAGGGAAAGGGCUUUUCUCAGUGAAAAGGUUUCCAUGUUCCAGGGCUUGGACAUCCCAGAAGGGUGCCCAGAAUCAGGAAUUGUCUGUGAAAUGUCUGGAAUCAAAACCCACUUUAAUGCCAAGCCUGAUUGUGUUUGUGAGGGACAAUUUCAGAUGAAAGCUGAUGGAAUUAUCACUGGGGAUGGACUUUGCAAGGACUGAGAGUCUUGGGCGUUACAGGUUUAGAAUGAGGAUGGUUUUCAGGUGGUAAAUGCCAGGAAUUAUCAACAAUUGUUUAAAUCUGUAGGGUUUGCAGGUCUAAGGCCAUUACCUGUCUCUGCCAUCCUUUUGGUGCCAGUGGAUGUGCUGCAGCUCUGUCCAACUUCAAAUGGAAUGACAGGAGGGAACUCUGAACAAAGGCAGGUCCUAAACCAAGAGGCUGCUCAUACAGUAGAAUAUGUAUUUUAAAGAAGUUCACUGAGUUUCUGGAGAUGACUGAAAACUUUCUCGUGUCUUGGAAUUGCUGGGUAAACUUUCCUGGCUUGGUGGUGGCUGUAUUGGGGUGAGUUGUUAUGGAGAAGCUGCAGCAAUACUGGGUGAGUCUCCUGUCUCCUGCAGAGUCAAACUUGUGCUCUUUUUAUCUUUUUCAUUUAAAUGUUGAGGUUUUUAUUCCUGUACUGUGACUCCAAAGUGUCACCACUGAAGCAGAUGCUUAAAGCACUGAAUGGGAGAGUGGUGGCUUUGGAGAGACUCAGUGACCCUUGGGACAGUCUGCCUGGCACCUCUCAGAAAAGCCUUACAAUUCUCACAGAGACAGAUUGAUCUGGGGGCUCUCUCCCAGCCUCAGUGGAUCUUGGUAAUUCUGCUCUGCUGCAAACUGAAACAUCCCUUUUCUAAACAGCAGCUUUUCAUAUUCUGGACUCGUAGCUGGUUGUUGUUCAAAAUUCAAGUUAUCUACUCCCAUUAUAAAAUCUUUGCCUGCAAUUUUAGAGUAGAAAAAGACUUUUUUUUUUCCUCUUCACUUUCUGUUUUUAGAGGAAAUGUGUUUGUAGAAAAUGGACUCUAAAAAGGGGCUGCUGCUUGUAGUGUGUAGUGAUCUUUUAACUGUGAACUUAGAGAAAUCAAUCCUAAUUUCCAUGUAAAAACUUUUUAGGCUCAGGAUAUCAAGUCACAACACACAAAUUUUGGGCUAUUUUAACCUCUAAGUUAGGAAACUUAACGAGUUAUUGGCAGGGAGGUUGUGCUUUUUCCAAGUGGAUGUUCAAAGCUUACUCCUUGCAGAUGUUCCCUCAGGUUAUCUCUGCUCUUCUGUUCCAUGGAGGUAUGGUUACCUACCUACAUCUCUCAACACUGAGAUUUUGUUCAAGUUUCUUUUCAGAAUGGAAAUGUAAAACUUACAUUGUACAGGAAGGUGACAUGUUCCAGAACAACAAAGCUCAGCUGAGAUGAGAUUGUGUAACCCUUCUGCUGGAAGACUCCUUACCCCACUCCUGUCCUUCAUCUGUGUGUAGAUAAUUCUUACUAAAUAAAGGAUUUAUCUUUGUGAAUAGAAA